CUCCUCUGGCUCGGGCUAGCUGAGAUGCUGAGAGCAAUAGCUUGAGGAGAUGAAGCGCGCAAACGAGAGUCAUGGUCCACCACCGAAGCGUGGCCGUGGCCCGGGGCUUGCAGGGAAGUGUGUCUUCAAGGUCUUAUGCCCUGACGAACUGGUGGCCCGCAUCUUGGGAUCCAAGGGAUCCAACGGCCAGGCAGUCGCGCAAAUACAAGACUCCUCAGGUUGCCAUUGCAACUUCUCCCGCCGCCAUGAGUUCUACCCAAAUUCCAAUUUGAGAACCCUGGUGGUCUCAGGCGCGACCCCUGGAGACAUCAUGACUUGCUUGGAUUUGAUACUGGACCAGGUGGUGCUAUGCUCGGAAGAAGAGCGCCAGGCGCUUGAAAGCCAGGGCAAGAUUGGUUUAGAGGAUGGCGACUUCAUCGACACUGCUGGGGACAUCCGGCUGUGCCUCGCCGUGACCGAGCCGGCGGCGAAAGGCGGCAGAGAUGGUCCAGAGAGUGUUACACGGAUGCAGGAGGAGACAGGAGUCCGUCUCUAUGUUCAGGAGACCGUGGAGAAUCGCCACCAGCUCGUCGUCAUGGCGGGAAGCCGUGAUCAACUUCUGCUCGGCUUGGAGUUCUGGAAUGCGGCAGUCCAGGCCGGAGUCGAGGAGGACUGGUUCGCACCUUGGGCGGAGAUAUCUGCAUUUGGCAACACAGGUCAUGGUGGCGGAUAUUCAAAAGAGGUGCAGGCUCCUAUUCGGGCCCGUGGGUCAGUCAAUCCUUCCGCUGCAGCGCUGAAGAACGUCAUUUUCGUUGGUGGAUUGUCUCAGAACACCGACAAUGCUGGCCUCACCAAGUACUUCUCGGGGUUUGGCGAUGUGGUGGAAACUGACGUGAAGAGGGACCCCCAAACGGGUCGCUCCAAGGGUUUCGGCUUUGUCACCUUCGCCUCAGAGGAGCCAGCUGAAGCCUGCCUAGCUGAGCCAAAGGGCCACAGCAUCGAUGGCAAGACGGUGGAACUGAAGCGCUACGGCUACAGCUAUCCUCCAGGGCGAACUGCCGAAGCGCCAGCGAGCCGGCGGCCCCUGCCUACGCAGCGUGACAGUCGAGCUCCUCCGGGCGAGUACCAUGACUCACACGGCGGUGGUAUCUAUGCUAAGAACUAUGCAAGGCCCUCUGGGCCCGGCCUGAGCCAGCCUGGCUUGUCGAGCUUGUCGAGACCGGUUGGUGGCUCCGUGGCACGUGACUACGAUCGUGGCUACGAGCAUCGUGGCUACGAGCGCGAAAUGCAGACUGUUCCCCACAGCAAAGUGGCAGAGGAUGUUAGAUGGUUUGGUACUUUGGCUGACACGGUCCCUGCUCAGUACCUGGACCAGGACUACUGCAUCACGUGCAGCCUUCCCCAUGCCCAAUGUGGUGCCUUGAUUGGACGAGGAGGGGAGAACAUCAACGAGGUUGAACGAAAAACAGGGACAAACGUUCAACUGAGCAAGAAAGAGCAGGACUCAGAUCAUCGCACCUUGACGAUCAUUGGUCCCUUGAUCUCGGUCUAUGCCGCUCACCUCUUGAUGAUGCGACAUUUCAAUGAUGCCUUGAAUGCUGGACCUCCGGCUCUAUCUGGUCCUCCAGAUGGAGGGAAAGGGUCUCGGGCACCUUACAGUGCAGGAUACCGACGAUAAGCCAACAAUAUCAAAA